CACACCACACCUUACCUCUCACCACCUUCAGCACCACCCAUUGUACUGCACAAUAUGGUGCUUGAAGAAGCCACCGCAGGGCCCGACGCCUUCACCUCCGACUCCGCCCCCUCCUCCGACGCCGACCCGUACUACGGCGACCGCAAUCCCACCCAGCUCGCAACACGCGAUCCAUCGUAUAUCUCCAUCAACACCGGCACCGCCAACGCCAUCCACGUCCGCCUCGAUGAUCUUCCCCGGCCAUGGACUUUCUUGGGCGCCGCACCACACCCGCCUCAGCUCGGGACUGCCAUUGCUCAGUCAUGCCAGCAAGCCCAGCAAGUCCUCGGGCGACCCAUGCGACAGGAAGAAUUGGACGCCUUAGCCUUUCACGCUGCCAAGACAGUACGAGUUGCUUCAUUCGGAGUACCAGCGGGGAUGGCAAUUGCCAGCCUGUGGGCCUAUCGAGGCAUGUCGACCUUCCGCUUCCCAGGCUACACGCCCGGUGAGAAGUUCAACUCAGACCGAUUUCUGGCUUUCAAAGGCAGGAACGCGAAAAUUGCCUGGCAUAUGGCGCGGUUCAACGCAUAUUGGAUCAUUGGCGCCGUCAUGGGACAAAUCUUCUUUGGCUCAUACGCUCUUACGCUGGGCACUGCUGGGCGAGCAAUGGACCCGAGAUUGAAAGAGUUGAUGGAGACGUUGCAGAAGCAGGGCAAGAACAAUGGACUGCCUGGGAACAGACAAAUUGACCAGACUCCCGGGCGACGAGAGGGCGAGACACUGGACAUGGCAAGGCAACGACAGCGAGCACAGGAGGCGAUGAGGGAUAACAGAGCACGGCAGCAAGAGGCAAGAUCAUCGAAAGCAGAGAGUGGUGGCGAUGACAUGAGUCCCACCGGUGGCGCGUUCGGGUCGGAGUACGUUGACCUGGGCAGUGCAGCGGUGUCAGAUACUGCGAUGAUGAGCGACGAUCAGGCGAGGAGACAGUCGGAGGGUCUGCAACGGCAGCAAGAGGCGAGCUAUUCACGGAGUCGAGAGCCACAACAGAGUCAAUCUCCUGUUCAAUCGCGGCAGGCGCCCGUGAGAGAUGCUUUCUCCACCCAGGAAGAGUCGAGACCGGCGCAGAGCGGCAGUGCUUGGGAGCGGUUACGACAACAAGCUGUGUCUGGCAAAUCCUCGCCUUCAACGUCGACAUCCCCUUCCUCAAAUCGUGCAAGGUCAGAUGGCGAUGACUUCACGUUCUCGUCCAGGGAUGAAGACAAGCAGUUGGCUAAAUCCGAGGCACAAAAGGAGUUUGAUGCUCGAAUAGAUCGAGAAAGGUCGGGGAAAGACUUUGACGAGAACAGGCGGUGGUAGUCUACGUACCGACAGGCAGUCUCAAGACAUGCCGAAGCAGACGGGAAAACGCAUACACGCCACCGAGAUGCCUGUCGUUACGGGAUUAGAGCAGCAUUACUCACAGCCGCCAGUUCACGCUACAACGUGAGCGUAGGCUGGCUCGAUUGCACUUGAGAUGCUUGCGCCGAUAGUGACUUCAAUCAGUACUGUUGGCAAAAACGGCAAGCAUUCCAGCGUCAACAGAGAAGAAACUCCCCCACACGCUCAUGCCUGCGCUGCCAGGUCAACCACUGCUGUAGCAAAGCGCCUACCAACAGCACUAUCGCACGGUAGGGAAUCGUUUCGGUUACGAUGUCAAUGCUACAGGUGCUCAGGAUAC